AUACAUCAAGUGAAGAAUAAUAACAUCUAUCCACGAAAAUCGCCGAGAAAAACAAACAUGACAGAUUCAGAUGGUAAUGAAAUUGGUAAACUAUUUAUUGGAGGAUUAUCUCAAGCAACAAAUAAUGGUAGUUUACGUUUAUACUUUUCAAGAUUCGGUGAAAUUGAUGAUGCAAUUGUAAUGAUGGAUAAUAAAACUGGUCGAUCACGAGGUUUUGGUUAUGUUAAAUAUCAUGAAUGUGAAUCAGUCACACUAGCACUGCAAGCAAAACCUCAUAUUAUUGAUGGUAAAGAAGUUGAUGCAAAACAAUGUAAUAUCAAUAUGAAAGGACGUAAUAAACGUAGUUUAAAAAUAUUUGUCGGUGGUAUAGGCUUAGAACAAGAUAUUGAAUCAAUUAAAGAUUAUUUUAAACAAUUUGGACAUGUAACCGAUGUCAAUCUGAUGAUGGAUACAAAUAAACAAAGGCAUAGAGGUUUUGCAUUCAUUAGUUUUGAUGAUGAAAAUGUUGUUAAACAGUUAAUUAAUUUACAUUAUGUUAAUAUCAAUAAUAAACAAGUUGAAAUUAAAGCUAUGGAACCACCAAAUUUUAAUCGAAAAUUAAUUAAUUCUAAUUUAAUUAAUAAUAGUAAUAAUCAUAAUAAUAAUACGAGUACAAUUACGCAGAAUCCAUGCAGCUUAAUACCACCACAUAUAUACCACCUACCUAAUCAUACAUCAAACUCAGAUAUAUUAAAUUGUCAUGAUAUCUAUGAAUCGACAACCAAUGAUCCGGCGUACAAUUUUCUAACAAAUUCAUUUACACCGAUUUAUUCAGCACACAGUCAUCCAUUAUUUUCAUAUCAUCCUGCUCCUCCCCACCACCAUCAUCAUCAUCACCAUCAGCAUCAGUCAGGUGCUGCCGGAUUACAACCAUUUCUACACCCGAAUACAGUGAGACGUUAUUAUUGCUCUGACCAACAAAACAUGAAUACAUCGGCCACUUCUGUUAAUACAACAACAACAACUACUACUAAUACCACUGGUUUAAGUAGUAAUACUAAUCAGUUUAUAAAUAAUUACAAUAAUUUCAAUAGUAACUUAUCAACUGCAGAUCAGCCAUUUCAGUCGUCACCGUUUAUUCAUCAAUCAUUUAGAACAAAUCCAAGUGUAUUACGUCAUCCUACAGAUAAGUCAACGACGAGUACACAUUCACCGUUAUCCCAUAGCACCGUUACUACAACUAUUGGUACUGCUACUUCUAAUACUACUACUCCUGUACUUACUGGAAAUUCAUUCAGUACGAUGAAUGGAACACAAGUUACACCGAGACAUCAACCACAACAACAACAAUACCACCACCAGCAGCAAUCACCUAUGCCUUUAAUCUUAACAACAACUAAUCAAUUCCAACCAAAUUUAUUCAAUUUUCAACAGAACAGUGGUAGUCCAUCAGUUUAUACUAUUCCGUGUCAUUUUAUUCCAUCACAUGUUAUUCCAUUUCCGAGUAAUUCUAUGAUACAACAGUCAACUUUAAUGAAUAUACAACCUGGCUUAAUUUGUAAUGAUGUGUUUAAUACUACUAAUACUACUACGACUAGUAGUGGCAAUAGUAGUGCUACAGUUUCUACAGUUACUGAUACUACUACUAAUAAAAAAGUAAUGAGUAAUAGUAGUACAGAAGAACAAAUUAUUAGUGAUGAUAGUCUAUCUAGGAUGACACCAGUAACGACAGCCUCAAAAAAUAUGAAUACUUCAAGCACAUUAAAUAUUGUAACUACUUGUAACAAUGUUACAAAUACAGCUAUCAAUGCAUCUUUAGUUGCCACUAGUACAACGACUACACUUAAUGAAACUAUAGAUACUACUGAUAGUAAUAAUAAUGUUAGUAAUAAUGCUGUUGCAACAAAAUCGAUUGAUGGUGAUAAUUUUGGUAUAUUAAAUAAUGUGCAAGGUGAUAGUAUUACUGGAGAACACAUUACCUUCUGUGCACCAAAUUACAACCAUCUGAAUUUCGCUAGUAAUAGUUUACAGUCGACAAAUUUACCACUGACAUCAUAUUAUGCCUUCUGUUCACAAUAUCCAACAGGCGUAUCGAAUACACCAACAGGUACUACUACUAAUAAUCUACAAGCACCGACAAAUGAUAACUAUAAUGUGGGUCAAAUAAUCAAUAAUGUUAAUGGCAGCAGUAAUCCAUCGAUUUCUGUGACGAAUCAAGGCGAUAAUCCCUUGACGAGUAGUGACAAUCAAAGCCUAACUAAUGAUGUACUGUUAGCAGAUCAAAAAUUGAAUACUACAAAGUGUUUUUGCCAUCCAACCAUUUUUAUACCUAAUGGUAUUAAUUCACCUACACAAAGUAUAAAUCAGACACCAAAUUUAUGGAAUACACCAGGGAAUAUUUCAUCGAAUAGUUUAUUUCACUCAACAUUUCAACCGUUAACUGGAUGGAAUUUCCCGUUAGGUAGCUCUAUUAUUUCACCUCCAUUUACACAUCAAACGUCACACUAUCACCCUUACAUACCUCAGAAUCAGAUGACUAUACAUCAAAAUGAUGUGUUGAAUCAGUGGAAUCAGUUACCUUCAACAUACAGUGGUAACAACAACAUUACAAAGUCAACUAGUAAUGAUAUAAAUGGAAAUGACUUGAAGGAUUCUAUCGCCACCACUACUUCUAUUUCUUCUUCUUCUUUAUUAUCUUCGCCAGUAUCAUCGUCAACGACACUAUCUCCGCCACUGACAACUAUGAGCACGGUGACAGCAACAACAAAGACUGAAUCGACAGAAGUGCCUACAACCACGAUACUGAUAAAUUCGACAACAAAAUCCAUAUCUCCUACCUCAUCUAUGCCAACAUCGGAUGAUGUGAUGACUUUAAACACUGAACCAAAAUGUAACAAUAAAGGUAUUUAUUUAAAUGAUACGAUGCAGAAUAAUUUUAAUAAAAUUAUGUCAGCUAAGCCAUCUGGAGAUAAUUUAGAAGGUUUACUUGUAAAUAAUAAUAACAUAAAUCAAUGUGUCAAUGAUAAUAUCUUUUGUUUUAUUAAAUCACCAAUAACAGAUUUAACCUCGACGUUAAUUGAACCGGAAAAUAAUGAGGUGACAAAGUCGUGGCAAAAUAACAAUAACAAUAAUAAUAACAAUAAUGGUCUUACUAAUAAUUUAUGGAAUAUGCCUAAAGUAGAAAAUUUAUCUCAAACACUACCAACUUCCUCAACGCUGACAACAGAAACUAUGACACUAAAUUAUCCAACUUCUCCUCAGAUGAUUAUACAACCAAUCUAUAAUUCCUACCAUCUAUCCAAUGAGUAUGUAAAUGGAUUUCUGCCUAAUUGUGAUGCACAAUCAAGUGUUAAUCUCAAUUUAACAGGUGGAAAAGAAAGUUGUAGUAAUGUAGAAAAUAAUUUAAAUAAACUGAAACUAAUGAAUGAUAACACGACACAUUUAUUAAGUAAUAAUUCAAUGAAAACUAUAAUUAAUGAUAAUGUUAAAUUACCCAGGAAAGUAGUGAGCAAAGAUAAUGAAAAAUCUUCAUCACCUAUUCUGUCAGAUAUAAAUGCAAACUCUUCAUCGAUAUCGUUAGCACCUAGGGAGAAGAAAUCAGCAAUACCUGAAAAAGUAGAAAUGACAGAAAACUUGUCAACUUGUGGAGAUUUAUCUACAAAUAAUAUUAAAGGGAAUGGCUUACAUAAAAAUGUCAUCGUCGGUGAAGAAUGUGUAGACAAAACAGAACAAGUGCAUACAAAGCAAUUUCAGAAUAAUAACACUGACAGUACAAGUACACAUUUACCAUCUAACGAAAAGGAACAUGAAAUUGACAGAGGAAAUAUAUCGUGUAUUGAUAAAACUUACAAAGAAUAUGAAUGUAGGUCAAACACUGGUGCUACGGAUGAUUACCCACCAAAUCAUCACUUUGUUAAGAAUAAUUAUCCUCACUUAUUAUAA